AUGAGCAGCGCAGAGCUUCAUACCCAAGAUGUGGUGAAGGUGCUCACGAAUGAGCGCACCAAGCGCCAAGGGGAGAAGGUGACAACAACAGCGACGAUGGUCAAGACUGAAAAUGCAUCCAACGCCUUCAACACUGAAUGCGAGCCACAUAAGUGCACCUACUGUGAAAAGGUGGGACACAUCGUCGAUCGCUGUUGGUCCAAGCAGAAGAAUGAAAGUCGAGGGGCCCGACGCGGCGGCAUUGGUCGUGGACGCGGGACAAACAAUGUCCAGUGGGGACAAUAUCGUGAUGAAGACAGCGACUACGAUCAAGCAGUCGACAGUGGUGCAACACACCACAUAUGCCACGACAAGACCAAGUUUGCAAGACUGAACAAGCGCAACGACGGUGAAAUCUUGGUGGCGGAUGGCAACACAGUGGCCAUCAAGGGUGUUGGAACCAUCUUUGAAAAGGUGGUUCUGCCCGACGGUGAAGAGCGUGAGAUCGAGAUCAAGAACGUACUUUACGUACCAAGCAUGAGCAAGAAUCUACUAUCGGUACCGCAGAUCAACAAGCACGGCAAGUUUUAA